AUGCCCCUCGACAGGAGCUACACAGAUGUGGAAAAGGAGAUCGUAAGAAGACUCUCGUCAAAACCGGAUCUUGCAGGUCUCUAUAACACCGUUCGCAAGUUCGAGAAUAGUCAAUCGUUGUUGCACGCAGUCGCCGAGUUUGUGAUGCAUGAAUACCAGUGCGCAUCCGGAAAAAACAUUGCUCAGCCAUACGAAGGAAUGUUGACGAUAUCCGACAUCCGCUGCAUGCGUCAAGAUUUCGAAGAAGGACUCAACAUGAGUCAACAAAUGGCUGAACGUAUUCUUCUCUUCCGCCUCGUGGAAGUCUACGAACGCCAAAUCGAAACAUUUAAACCAAAAACUCUGUGCUUCAAAUUGAACACCUGCGCAAUGAACGAAACAAGCAGUUCGCCCUUCUCAAAGGUCGAGAGUCAAUUCGAGGAGAUCUUCGAUUUCGAAGAAACAGAGGAUAUCUUCACAAAGAAGUACCUUCUCUUCCCCAACUAUUAUGAGCGAUAUGGCUACGUCACGUUGGUUAUCAAUCCCGGAGCGGCCAUCAAAAAGAAGAAUAAGAAGAAGUCUCGGUACAAUUCGAAGGAGUGCGUUAUGGUGCACAUUGGAAAUCGAGAUUUCAUGAUGAGAUACAUGGAACGCGUGGUACCUCGAAUCGAGAAGCUGCUUGAGCUGUUUCUGGGGUUGUAUGCGGAAGAGAAGGGGUAUCUGGAGCUAGAUAAGUCUCGAAUCAUAAAUCUCCUUCGAUACACGGACACUCUCCAUCGCAACGAUCGACCAUAUCAAAUGAUACAUUUGAUGGAAAAGAUGCUGGAAACGCACCAUCCACUUAGUGAUUUCGAUACCAUUCUCAAAGAAAUCAAGACAAAUAGCAGAACCGCCUUCCAAAUCGAUGCAAUCCGAUUUCAGAUGCUGAGCAGUAUUGAGAUAGCAAUCAAAGAGGGAGAUGAUGAGCCGAGAAAGCACCUCCUGGGAAAGGCCCAGAGAGCAGGCGAGUUCUACCGUCAAAGACGAGCUCAGUUGGAGAGAGAAGAGGCCAUUGCCGCUGGAGUUCCCCAAACGGACAGUGAAGGUCGUCCUCUCAGUAAGCGGUUCAAACCAAAUGAGGUUUUCACGAUUGAAGAUUAA